AUGAAAGUUAAAUGUCUUUUUAGACUGAGAUAUGUGCCAAGUGAUAGCGGUUGGAAUGUGAUAGUUAUGUGUGGGUUGCACAAUCAUAAACUACCUAAGGACUUAGAAGGCCAUGACAUAUUGGGUCGUAUAAAAGAUCAUGAAAGAUGGUUUGUGAAUGACAUGACCAAGUACAACAUGGCUCCAAGUUACAUAGUUACUGCUUUAAAAGACAAAGAUCCAGAAAAACCUCACCGAAAUAGAGAAGACUCAAAUGUUAUUGAUGAUAUCUUUUGGAUGCAUCCUGAUUCAAUGAAGUUGGUGAAUAUGUUUCAUUUGGUGUUGAUUUUUGAUUGUACAUACAAGACAAAUAGGUAUCAGAUACCACUGCUUGAGAUUGUUGGUGUUAUGUUAACAAAGUUAACGUUUUUUAUAGGCUUUGUCUAUUUGAAACAUGAAAGGGAUGAGAACUUCAAAUGGGCACUAAAGAAGCUCAAAGAAUAUGUUAAAUCAGAAAGACAAGAACAUAUCAUGGAUAUAUGGAACAACAUCAUGUAUGCUAAUAGAGAAACUGAGUUUAUCGAACACUUGAAGCACUUUGAGACUAUUUGUGAAAAUAUUCAUUUAUUUGUUAAGUUUAGGAAUGUGUUACGAGUAGAACACUUUGGUGUGCAGGAUAUUGAUAAAUGGAUGACGAUUCCUGAUAUAGGUUACCUUAUUUCUUGUAGAUACAAUAUUGUAUUUGUCUCCUUGUCAAAGAGAUUUAACAUUACAUUUUUCCCUCUUACCUUAGCUCCACCUAUGUAUACGAGCAAGCAUAAAAUCAUUGAUAUUGGUUUUGUCAACAACAAUCAUUGGGUUCAGAUUCAAUGCCACCUAAAUUUAUGGAUCCCAUCUCUUGAGGACUUGGAUGAAGCCAUCUAA